UGUACACAUCAACUCUUAAGGUUAACCACAUUAGCUAUGGAUCCGUCUCGCUCUAGCAGGGUCCCGAAGAACAAGUUGUCUGCACCAGAACCUCUUGGGCAAAUAACGCCUUCAGAACCGCCUGCUUCUACAAAUACAUGUCAAGAUGAUGCAGCACACAAGAGUCAGCGUAAGCAUAUUGAAGAUUAUAUCUCCCAGCUGAGGCAAAAACUUCUUGAUGAUUUCGUAAAAACAUUCCUGCCGAAACUUCUCGAUGAUUUCGAAAAAACAUUCCUGCAGCGUACCAACUCAAGUGAUCCAACAGCUUGCUUGGAAGAAUGUAGAAUGACAUGCGUCGCUGCCCUUGUUUUGAAGGCCGUUCCCCAGCAUGUGAAUGAACAUUAUGAGUGGAGACUUACGUCAGGAAAACUGCCUAUCUUCAAGGAGCUGGAAAAUGAAGCCCUCACUCCCACAUUCGAGGACCAGAGCAUGACCGAUGGCCGUACUCAUUCUCCACAUGAAAAUUCAGUCCGUACCACAAAUGAUGCGAAGGAAGCGACAAGUAAAGCUCCUCCUGACACGAGGGACUCGUCCAGGAUUUCCCUGCCUCUCGGCGGGGCGACCGUCGAUCUGCCUGGACCCUCGUUGUCUUAGGAUUAUGGAGGCACGGUGGAUCUCAGUCCUUGCUGAUGGAGGGUUCUUGCUUCAUUUUUAGUUGUUCUAUUGAAUCCGUUUAGGGUUUGUGUCCUGCUCAGAAAGACGAGACAGCGUUGGCUAUCUGAAGUUGGAAUAAUGUUCUCCCCGUCUAGCCCCCAUUUUGGUGGUGUGUCUAGCACCAUCGAAGGGCGUUUGGAGGUUUGUCUCCGGCGGAUCUCAAGGGAUUCUGUCGGCGUUUGUCUUUGAUGGAUCCACUAGGAUCCGGUAUGUUUUCAUGUGUCUUCCAGUUGGAUCUCUUCGAUCUAUGUUUCUCUUCAUCGGCGGCGUUUGUUGUUGUGGUGCGUUGGUUCUAUUGGGCCUUAGCAUGUCUACUUUCCGACUGUCUACUACAACAAGGUUUGCACAACUCCAAUCAGGGAGAGGUGAUGAUAAUGACGUGUCUUCGGCUCGCUCCAGUGCUUGUAGCCUUUGUUAGUGAUCCACGGACCUGGAUGCAAUUUUUUUACUUCUAGUGUUCUUUGUACUACCUUGAUGAAUAGAUCAGAAAUUUUUCCGGCAAAAAAUUAAAAUAGAAGUUUGAUUAAGGAAUUA